UGGUGCGACAUAACCUCUUUAUUUCCAACCAUCUUGGAAGUUGUACUGUGCAGAAAAUUUAACGGAAUUUGGUAAUAAAACGCCAUGGCAAAGUCGAAGAAUCACACGAAUCAUAAUCAGAACCGCAAGGCUCACCGUAAUGGAAUCAAGAAACCCAAGCGUUUCCGCCAUGAAUCCACUCUGGGGAUGGACGCCAAGUUUUUGAGGAACCAACGAUUCUCAAAGCGACACAACUUGAGUACAGCCAAACAAUGUCUCCGAGCUGCUGAACGCAAAUCAAAAGCUAAGAAAUAAUUACUCUUAAUUAAUUUUUUAUAAGUUCGAUGUGUUUAUAGUAAUAAACAGUGACCAAAA